CCCUGUGCCGUUACAGCCGUGGGAGGACGUUUCGUAACCACACAAAAACUGAAAGGAAGGAAGGGAUUUUUUUCUAGCGUCCGUCUACAGACGCCUGCUAGUCGUUUUCCUGAAUACUUUUUCUUUUUUUUUUUCUUGUGUGAAGAAUUUGACUCACGGUUCGGGUGCCGGGAACCCGCUCGGACUUUUUGCCCACCCCUACCGCCGCCGCCGAGCGACGCUUUCUUUUUUAAUUUAUUGCUCUUUUUAACGGUGCAUUUUAAUUGAGCAGACGGAUUAAAGCGUCCACGCAGACAGACUGUUUUUUUUACGUUGUGAGAGCCACGGCCGCGGUAAGAAAGAAGCUAAAAAUAGCUCGUGCAAUUCUCGAAAACUAUCGCAAGUGGUGCAUCAGCUCGUGAAGCAGACGGGCUCGAGCGUCUCGACUCUUAAGUUCAACAUUUGCAAGGCGGCGGUAGAUUUGUGUGUGUGUGUAUGUGUGUGUGUUUUUCGGAGUUCCGGGGCGAAAUCAUAUUUUGGGGCAUUCCUCAUGGAUUUAUGGGUGAAACUACAGACUGAUAUGGAAACGGGUUGAGGUGGAUGGAUAUGGAUGCGCUGCCUGACCUGGAUUGUUUUGAUCCACCUGGAUUUAUCACAUUGCAUUAACUGCUGGAGCUCCUUUUUCCCCCCUCUCUCUUUUUUCUUUUUUUUCUUUUCUUUUGUUUUCUUGAAUACGCCCAUCCCUGAUCAUUCGGCGUCUAUUAUCUGGACCUCCCGUGAGGACAUAUCGCCUGCUUGUUUUGACUCGUGAAGGAACCGAUUUGUCAGCCCCGAUCGGUGUCGAUAUCGAUGUAGGAUUUCGACAUGCCCAGCACUGACGAUCCCAACGGCGGACGAUUAUGACUACAACAACGAAUUGGGUGGCUAACGGGGCAAGCCUUGAGGACUGCCACUCGAACAUCUUCUCUCUGGCGGAGUUAACGGGAAUUAAAUGGCGUUGCUACAGCUUCCGCAGUGGAGGGGAAUACGGGCCGGUGAUCUCGGCCCCGGCGCAGGACGACCCGGUUCUGCGCAGCUUCAUGCGCUGCGUGCAGGCCAACUUGCUGUGUGUCUGGCGGCGCAAAAUCAAGCCUGAUGCCAAGGAGCUCUGGAUCUUCUGGUGGGGGGAAGAGCCCAACCUCUCUGAUGUCAUUCAUCAUGAGCUGGAAGUUGCUGAGGAGGGACUUUGGGAGUGCGGGCUUUCCUACGAGUGCAGGACCCUCCUCUUUAAGGCCAUACACAACCUUUUGGAAAGAUGUUUAAUGGAUAAGGGGUUUGUGAGGAUCGGGAAAUGGUUCUUCAAGCCACACGAAUUGGAAGAAAAACCUCUGGCCAACAGUGAACACCUAUCGUGUUCCUUCUCCUUCUUCCUCCACGGGGAGAGCAACGUGUGCACCAGUGUGAAGAUUGCCCAGCACCAGCCUGCUUACCACAUCAAAGAAAACCACAUCCGCCUCGCGCAGACCUCCCUCACACCAGUACAAGUCAUCUUGAGUCCAUAUGGUCUAAGUGGCACUCUAACGGGUCAGGCAUAUAAGAUGAUUGACCCGGCGGCACGGAAGCUGAUGGAGGAAUGGAGCUACUUUUACCCCAUGGUACUUCAACAAAAAGAAGGAAGUGGCGAAAAGGACAAAGAAGACACAGGCCAGGCUUACGAUUGCAACUGUCCAAUGGCAGUAGAAGUCAUCGUAGGCGGCGUGAGGAUGACGUACCCAGCUGCUUUUGUGCUGAUUGCCCAGGGAGACCUACCAGUGGAACAACCUCCUCCUGUUCCGGCAGUUUACAGUCUCUCUAGAGAGGCAAACCACUGCAGUGUGCCGCUCACGCCCCCGACGUCUCCAGAGCAGCCAUGCUCAGCGGACAGUGGCUUUGUGACCUCUGUCUCAAGUGUCCCCACACCAGACAGCAGCAUGGGGGUUACCAACAUCAGUCCAAAGCAUUCUGGGAAGAAGCUGACGUGCCAGGUGGUCCAUCAGGCGUGGAGGGAGUGCUAUCUCAACCAACCUCAACACGUAAUUAAUCAGUGCAAUGACAUGAUGACAAAUCAGGAGGUGCCAAAUGGAGUGACCACGUGGGACUUCAACGAUGCGGGAGCAAGGGCAUCCUGCAGCUGUUCCAGGUUGAAACAACAGAAGACGAAUCUGACCCCCACAUCCACUGCCAACCCGCAGACUAAUGCCAGCUCUGCACAGUCCUCUGGUCCGUCCUUAUAUAUGCCACCUCAGCCCAAACAUAAGACCAGCGACAAGACUGAGAAGGCUGAGAAACAGUCCAAGAGGCCAGCCAUGACCCCUUUUCAUCACCGUGUAUCUGUUACACAGGACACUCAACUUGAACAGGACUCACCGGGAGGGCCCCAACUUGGGGGUCUGGUACCGAUUGACCAACCCUUGGAGCCUCUGACCACACUGCCAAGCUGCAAGUAUCCUAAGCCUCUGUCUGAUGGCAGGAAAGCCCACGAGUCUCUUCAGCAUUCACCAGUGUCGCCACUUCCUCCCACACUAAGCCCACAUCCCCGUGUCCAGGACCCAGAGGUCCUUGAUGGCCCCGUGGACAUUACUGUGUGUCCAGAUGGGACGUCUGGGUUAGGGGUGAUUACCAGCGAAACGGCUGUUUAUACAGCUCUGCUGAAGCCAAGGGAAAAUGGAGCUGCCUGGUGGAGAGGCUUCAGGAUUCCCAGGGCUAAGACUGACAUCAGACCUCCGGAAAUCCCCUCUGACAAAUUUGAAGAAAUGAAGAGCGAGACAGCCACUGAGGGGACGCCACUAAAAAGACUGUACACACAGACGCAGAAGAGAUUUAAACUCUCAGAGGAGAGGGUGAGAGACCACAUCCACACCUUGGGUCUGUUCCAGCAGCCAGUUGUGGAGGCGCUUCGGGAGCCUGGGGAUGAUCCCUACGACUUCAAAGAAGGAGACAUCGAGUACACUUUCUCUUCGCUGAAGAGGCUAAAAGGCCAAGUGCGAGAAUCCAGCAAGAGAGCUAAGGGAGAAGAUAUCACCACCAAUAGCACGCUGCCUGAUGGAAAAGACGCAAUGUCUAUUUUUAACUCCGCUCCGAAGUCUGAAGAUUCGAGUCAGGAUGAAGGUGCUACCAAAACCAAUCCUUCUCUGACCAGAGAAAAAGACCUUGUGGUCAACAUUUCUGAUCUAGACAACAUAUUUGAUGAAGAUGAGGAGGAGUUAGGGGUGAGGCAUCAUGCUACCGUCUACCCCAACCAGCACUCUACCAAGGUACCAUCUUCUACAGAAGAUCGCCCUCAUGGGAAAGAAGGGAGAGUUGCAGUACCUUAUCCAUCAACAGUAGCAGACCUCCAGCGGAUGUUCCCCACCCCGCCUUCUCUCGAGCAGCAUCCAGCCUCCUCUCCCAUCAUGACGUAUCGUGACAUACCAAGCCAAGAGCCCCCUGCCCCCAGCGGACCAGCUGACCACCUGGCACCUUUAGCUUCCAGCCAACUCACUGAAUACAGGAUGGAGAUGGAGGAGGGAGGCAUCGCCAGUCCCAGGCCAGAGGAUAUUAAGCCACAGAUUGGCUCCUCCAUGUUUGCACCACUGUCUUGUCUACCCAGCCAGACCCUACCACCACUCAAGAUUCCAGAACAAUGCUACUAUCGUCCAUCCUGGGCUCUCUUGCCCAAAAUGGAACAUUUCUCUACCGUCUUACACCCACAGAAUGGGACUUUUAUCAAAGAUGGGUACAUGAAUGUUCCCAGUGUUAACACCCUCACGGACCAGGAUUAUGGCCAAAUGAGUGCCACCACUGCCUCCAUGAGCACCACUGUUGGCAUCCUCCCUUCUCCUGCCACUCCUCGCUUCUCCGUGCCCACUCCACGUACCCCUCGUACACCAAGGGGCAUUAACACAGCAAGUUCUGGGCAGGGUUCAGUGAAGCAGGAUGGCACUGAACUUAGCUCGCCAGUCUCAACCCCCUCCACCAGCCUACCUCUUAGCUCUGUAGAACCCCUAGCCCGGCCAGGACCCUCACUGCCUGAGGCCCACAGCUUGUACACUGUCCUUCUACUUUCAGACUCCGUCCUGAACAUCUUUAAGGAUCGCAACUUUGACAGCUGCUGUAUCUGUGCCUGCAAUAUGAAUGUCAAAGGAGCAGAUGUGGGGGUUUAUAUCCCUGAUUCCACCUGUGAAGAUCAGUAUCGUUGCAUGUGUGGCUUCAGCGCCAUUGUGAACAGGCGGUUGGCUCAUGGCACAGGUCUCUUCCUGGAGGAUGAGCUAGAUAUUUACGGUCGGGCUUCUGAGGUGGGCCGAGCAGCAGAACGGAGGCUGGCUCUUUGCCGACGGGACCCAUCAAUGGGAGAUCCAAGGGCCAAACGACAGCAGGAUGCAGCCUCUCCAUCCCCACCAGUCAUGAGCCUUCUCCAAGAACAGUGCUCCCAGCCAGUCUCCUCCUUGGCGUCACUGCAUCUCCCCAUUAGCUGUUCCUGCCAUGGCCGCAAGGGGGCACUACUCCAAAGCUGGAUGUCUGAAAAGCAGUGGGCAGACGGGAGUGAUGCCUGUGUGGAGUGUUACAAUGCUUUGGAACAGGGGCUGCAGUAUGUGGAUAACCCCACAGGAGGGAAAGUAGACCCAGCUAUUGUGAGAAGUACAGCUUUGCACUCCUGGCCUCAAGCUAAUGUGGUGGACAUGAGCAUGUUAUCCUCCCAGGAUAUGGUUCGCGUGCUGUUGUCCCUGCAGCCAUUCCUGCAAGAUGCCAUCCAGAAAAAGAGAACAGGACGGACCUGGGAGAAUAUCCAGCAUGUUCAGGGUCCUCUCACUUGGCAGCAGUUCCAUAAGAUGGCUGGAAGAGGCUCCUAUGGCUCAGAGGAGUCGCCGGAGCCUUUGCCCAUUCCAACGGUGCUACUGGGCUAUGACCGAGAGCGGGACUUUUUGGCGUUGUCCCCUUUGGCAUUACCUUUCUGGGAGAAGUUGUUGCUGGAGCCAUAUGGGGGCCAGAGGGAUGCGACCUAUUUGGUGCUGUGUCCCAACAGCCCUUCUCUAUUAGCUGCUGCCAGGACGUUCUUCCAGGACCUGAGUGCUGUUUAUGAGACGUGCCGUCUGGGAAAGCAUCGUCCUCUAGCAAAGGUGUCCAGAGACGGCCUCAUGCGUGUAGGGGAAGGAGUGGAAUCAGACAGGCUGGAAGAGCUGGAGGUGGACCAGUGGGUGUCUGGACCCUGGGCGGGACAGCAGCACACCGACAACCUCAGCAAACUCAAACUCUACGCUUACACCUGCAAGCAGCAGUUAGGACCCCAGUUGGCAGCUCUGCCUUUAGAUGGCAGUCUUCUGCUGCCUCCCAAAGCGCAGCCACCCUUAAACGCCUCGUCCUCUGCUCAAGCUGCCUCUUCUGGCCAGCCGCAGACUUCAGCCAACUGGACCCAAGAUGGAGAGCAAGCAGCCGGAACUCAGAGUUCAGGAAAUGCCCCCACCCCCAGCGGAGCGACAUCAGGCCAGACUGCAGAGACCAACCACGGAGGAAGCAGCGAUUCCAAAGGACCUUCUAAUGCCACACCACCAGCCAACACACCAGCAGAAACCUCUGAACUCACUUCUGAGCAGUCUAGAAUUGGCGUCCCCACAGUGGCCGAAUCAGUGGACAGCCACACUAACCCACCAGCUAUUGUUAUUUACAUAAUCGAUGCAUUUCUCUGCUCAAGUGGUGCAAGAAAUGAAGGGAUGGAGGAAGAAGAGGUUGAGGAGGUAGAAGCGGGCAGAAUUUGGCUACUUGGGCUUCUGCGCUGCUACACAGAGAUGCUGCAGAUGCUACCUGAGACUAUGCGAACUGCGCUGGUGCUACAGGUAAUUCCGUGCCAGUACCUUCUGCAGCCAGCCAGCGGGGAGAGCCAUCUGUACCUGCAGCACCUGCGCUCACUGGCCUUCUCCUGUUACUCCCAGUGCCGACGUCUGCUCCCUCAGCAGACACGCAUCAAGUCUCUUACUGGCUUUGGACCAGUGUCCACAGUUAGUUCUGCACUAAAGAGUCCAGAGCUUCCCAGUCCACUUCAUCUGUAUUCACCCCCGUUUGUCCUUGGUCCAACCCGUCCAAAACAGCCAGAACCUGGAGAGAUCUGGGCAGAGCUCCCUCCAAAAUACAACGUUCUGUUUGUAGGAUACUGUUUAUCUCAUGACCAGCGCUGGCUCCUCAUGUCCUGCACUGACCAGCAGGGGGAGCUAUUGGAAACCUGCAUUAUCAACAUUGAUGUUCCCAACAGAGCACGACGUCCCAAAGUGUCAGCCAGGAAAAUGGGACUCCAGAAGAUGUGGGAGUGGUGUAUUGGCAUCAUCCAAAUGACCUCACUGCCAUGGAGGAUUGUGAUUGGUCGAUUAGGCAGACUGGGGCAUGGCGAGCUAAAAGACUGGAGCUCACUGCUCGGGGAACAUUCCCUCCAUUCUAUCGGACGCCAGUUGAGGGAUGCAUGUCGUAUGUGCGGGAUCUCAUCUGCAGAGUCCCCCACAAUCCUCAGUGCCUGCCUGGUAGCCACAGAGCCACAGGGGUCCUUUGUGAUCAUGCCUGAUGCAGUCACCAUGGGCUCAGUGUUUGGCCGCAGCACUGCUCUCAACUUGCAGACCUCCCAGCUGAACACGCCUCAGGACGCUUCCUGUACACACAUCCUUGUCUUCCCAACAUCUGCCACCACCCAACUAGCCCCAAGCUCGUACCCCACUGAGGACAACAAUGACGACAUGUUCGACCUGCCCUUUCCUGACGAACUGGAGAAUGACAUCGGUCAUGACAUGAUGCUGAUCACCGGGAACCUCCACCCCUCCCCUAACACCUCGCCUGUGCCCUCCCCCGGAUCUCCGUCCGGGAUGGGAAUAGGAUCACAUUUCCAGCAUACCAGGAGCCAAGGAGAACGUUUUGCUGUCCAGAGACAAUCCACCAGAGGAGCUGAAGCAGCAACCGUUGGCUCUGGGUUACUACGUCUCCACCCCCGCGCAGGCAAAUGGAUUCCUCAUUGGUUCUGGGCCUCCCUCCUGUCCUCAGGCUGAGAACAGUGUCCACUUUUCCUCACGGCAUCGCUUCACACCACAUCUCUACUAGCUCAGUCAGAUGAGCUGGUGCAGAUAAAACCAAGAGGAUCCCACACCUUUAGACUCCAAAACCACUCUGAUGUGCUCAGGUUUGUAUUGGAGCAGUACAACGCCCUCUCCUGGCUGACAUGCACACCUGCCACCCAGGACCGGCAGUCCUGCUUGCCUGUCCACUUGGCAGUAUUGAUCCAAAUGUACAACGCCAUCCUGAACAUGCUUUAGCUUUUUGGACAGAAAUGACGUUUUAUUCUGUGCCUGUGCUUCCUCUUUUUGGGCACCAGAGAGCACCAGAGUUCUGUUGUUUCACAGAUUUAAUGGCCAAAGGACGGAGCCAAUCAGAUUCUCGCCUGCCUGGAAAGUAAGACAUAUGCGCUGCAAAACGUUCCAGGCAAGACGAGUUGGUACCUGAAAACUGGUUCUCUUUGUGAUGUUAUGCCAAUCGUGGAUGGAUCGGUUCCAUUAUUUCCAUUUAAUGACAUAUCACAACUUUCUCCAGAUUGGAUCAGUGGCGUGGCGUGGGCUCCGCCUCUGAGUGGUUGACAUUUCCAAAAGGAGGCCUGGAUGAUCCGACACUUUACCUGCAGAAUAGUUGAACCAGCAAAACAACACAACGACACACAUAUGGAUUUGUUACUUCAGUGACGUUUUUAGAUUUCUUUUUAGAGAACUGCACUCUGGAGUUUCUGAAGACUUGCAGUCGGUCAGUCUGACAUUUACCUUUAUUCUGAAAGGGGUAAAUGUCUGAAUUUACUGCAAAAAGGGAGCAUUAUUUGAUAAUGGCACUUUUUUCCCACUCACCUUCCAAAGUGUUGUAGAUGUGAACACGGUGGAAAAUAUUUGACCAGUGAAGACAGAAUUGUUUAUAAUGUAAGAAAUAAUUUGCAAAGAAUUGAAACAUAUUUUUAAUAUUUAAAA